CAUGGCGGUCGCCGUGUCAAUGUUUCGGUGGUUGGAUCUGUUAGAAAAAGAAUUCGACAAGACUUUUGUGGAUUUAGAUAUUUUGCUAGGAGAGAUUGAUCCUGAUCAAAGUGAAAUAACUUAUGAUGGUAGGCAGAAAAUGACUCAGCUUUCCUCUACUUUCGCACAGCUCGUUCACAAAGCGCAGACAAUUUUUCAGGGAAAUGCCAAAUUAGAGGCAGAAUUAGUAGCUCUCAGACAUGAUCUGGUUGAAGAAAAAGCUGCAAAACAAGUCUUGGAGAAAGAAGUCAAUAAUUUAUUGCUACAGCUACAUGCAGUUCAACUUCAGCUACAUUCCAAUACUGGAAUGCCGCUAGAUUCUGAAAAUAUCAAGAACAAACUAGAAAAUGAAAUGAGUGUAUACAAAAACAAUGCCAUGAAGGAGGCUCGCAUGGACUGCCAAAUAAAACAGUUGGAAAAAGAAAACACAGGUCUUAGGAACCAUGUGUUUUCACUGCAAGGAGAAGUAUAUGGAGCAAGACUAGCUGCCAAGUACCUUGACAAAGAAUUAGCUGGAAGAAUACAACAAAUUCAGUUGCUUGGGCGUGACAUGAGAGGGAGUGAACAUGAUCAGCUGUGGAACCAAAUUGAAGCAGAAAUUCACUUACACAGGCACAAAACUGUGAUCAGAGCUUGCCGAGGACGCAAGGACCCCAAUAACAAGGCCCCAGCACCACCACCACCACCUCCGGAACCACAAGCCAUAGAAGAUGAAGACGAUUCUGAUUGUAAAGCACGAAAGAGGAGAGGAAUUGGUGAACCCAGGACUGUAGUGAUUCAAAAGAGCAAAACAGAAGGGCUCGGAAUAUCCAUUACGGGUGGAAAGGAACACGGUGUGCCAAUCAUUGUAUCAGAGAUACACGAAGGUCUCCCUGUAGACAGAUCAGGGGGCUUAUAUGUAGGUGAUGCCAUACUUGCAGUGAAUGGUAUUGAUCUUCAGGAAGCUAAGCAUAGUGAGGCGGUAAAGGUGCUCUCCACUGUUCAUGGUGAGAUAACACUGGAGGUUCUCUAUGUGGCUCCAGAUGAUUCCAGUGAUGACGAGGAUACCUGGGAGGAGGACGAAGGACAAAGGUACAGCAUGCUGGGAAGAGUUGAGGACCCAGCAAGUGAAUUAUCUAAUGGCGAUGUAUACAUGACAAACUCCAAAAGAGAUUCCACUAAAACCCAAACUACCGAGCAGCGGAGUCCCUCUUCAUCGCCUCGUUCAGCACCAUACCUUCCGUCGCAUCCCGGGGCGGCGCAACCAGUCAGUGCUUCUCCUGAACCAGCCAAGAAAUAUCGCAACCCGGCUACAAUACCAGGGACGUUUUCAACCACAGUAGACAGCAGAGGAAACAAUUCCGAGUCAUCAUCGAGAUCUAGUUCACAGUCGUCGUUAUCUUUAGCGUCAACGCUUUCGCCGCAUCAAACUGGCGGAUUAAAUGUCGGGAGACUGGAACCUUUGAUACAAACACCUUCUGAAGGGGAAGAUACAGGCUCAGAGCUGUUUUCCCCGUCGACGUAGCAAACUGGAUAGCUGUGGAAUCUAUUGUGUCUGGGAUGUGAGAGAUUUAUUAAUACGAAUAAGCAGGUCCCUGAAGCAGUCAAAGGAAUCUUCAAGUGUUACACAAUAAAAUCUCCUGGAUACGUGAUUUUCAAUGCAGUUUUUAGUCAGAACGUCGUGCUAGGAUGGAUGUAGAGGAUGAGGCCUUAAAAUGAACGCUAAUCAUAGGAAAACAUUAGUAAAGAAAGGUCACUCCUCAGUGAAACACAGCAAUGUGCUCUAAAUUCUUCUUCACCAAAUUUGGAUUGUUUCCUGUCCAAUUUUUUUUUCUUGUCCCAAUUCAUAAACAAGAAACUGUGUCCAUUUGUCCAUACGAGGGUUUUUUUGCUCCCUUUUUUCUGUUAUGGCUACUUAAUCAGAUUUCUUCUGAAAUUCUUCGUAAGCCUCUGAAGCUCAAACGAUGGCUCGGAAAGAGGCUAAUCGAAAGCCUCUACUGAGAGCCUUUUUGAUUACCAAUACCAGGCUGCGUUAGACAAGUUAUUGCAUUUUACAAAUGUCUACUAAGAUAAUAAUUUGAAGCAUUAUCUGACGUGUCAGUCAAACUUGUCUCAAAAGCCCAACAUUUUUUAUUUAGCCUGGUGGUCCCAGUAAUUCGAUUGAAAAGAUCACUACGUAAUUGUUCAGCGCAUCUUCUUAACGCAAACUCACUAAAAAUGGCUCCUCAUUCUCUUCCUUAAUGCGAGGCAAUUCUCUUGCCGUUGAUAAAUUAGGUGCAAGACUAGUUUUGCGCCGCAAACUGAAGCAACGUUUUGUUAAUUCAGCUUUGGAGGAUUUAGAUUUUCGAUUCAACGUCACCUUCUGAUCUGCCCAAGGGAGCUAACAUAAGUAAAGUUACAAAUAAUAGAUAUUGUAUGAAUUGUAUAGAGUGAAGUUUAAUUCGUAUAAAAGAGAAAAAGUCGAAUUUUGGGGGAUUUUUAGGUUUUUUGCCAUUGAUACGAAAGGUAUCUACUAGUAAAGUAUUCCAAGGAAUAGAUUUCGUUAUCUCUUGCUUACUUCAAUGUGGGAUUUUUUAAUUGUUUACAGACUUGGACUAAAUACAUUUGUAAACAGCGUAA